AUGGAUAAAUUAAUCUACAUUAACACUGAGCAAGAUCUCUUUUACUACAGUAACAAAAACUGUAGAAUUGAAAGGAGUUUAAGGACAUUAGAACAUUUAAAACCAAGUGAGUUAUGGAUUCGAAAUUGUCAGGAAACGGUUUUUGCUACGGAAUAUAACGCAUUGAAGUUUAACAGUAAAUCACAUAACAGUUUACCGAGAAUCAGACAAUUAAGAUUAUUUCUUGACGACAAGAACAUCCUCAGAUGUGGAGGAAGAAUCCAGAAUGCACCCUUAUCGGAGUCCACCAAAUUUCCGUAUAUCUUACCUAACGAUCAUACAAUUUCUAAACUUAUUGUAUUAGAUGCCCAUGAAAGAAUCUGUCAUUCAGGAGUAAAUGCCACAAUCGUACAUUUGAGACAAAGUUUUUGGAUACCCGCAAUUCGACAGUUUGUUCGUAAAACACUCAGGAAAUGUGUUACUUGUAGACAGGUUGUUGGACAACCAUAUGCAGCACCGGAUCCACCGCCAUUGCCUAAAAUUCGACUACAAGAAGCUGAUCCUUUUACAGCUACAGGGAUAGAUUUCACAGGCGCAUUACAAGUAAAAGAUAACGAAAAUGUCAUAAAGAAAGUCUACAUAUGUUUAUUCACUUGUGCCUCUACUAGAGCGAUACACCUUGAAGUCGUUACAAAUUUGUCAGAAGAAACAUUUUUACAAGCUUUUCGGCGCUUUUCAAGCAGAAAAUCUUUACCAAAAGUAGUUAUGUCAGACAAUGGUUCUACUUUUGUAUCCGCGUCAGAAGACAUCAAACAACUUUGUAAUUCAAAAAAGUUAAAAGAGACAUUAUCAGCACAAGGAAUCGACUGGUUUUUCAUCCCUAAACGUGCUCCAUGGUUUGGUGGAUGGUGGGAGCGUCUUAUUGGAAUGACGAAAACGAAUUUGAAAAAAGUACUAGGAAAUUUAGAGACUCUUCAGACAAUCGUUACAGAGAUAGAAUCCGUCUUAAAUGAUCGACCCUUAACAUAUGUGUCUUCAGACCCGGAGGAUCUUCAACCACUUACACCAGCUCAUCUUCUUUAA